AAUUAAAAUCCUUACCUUGGAGUGCUAUUUUUGUAUUACAUCUAAAUGUACCUGUUGCUCUUGUGCUCAGGGAGAAAUGCUGACCCCUGCUGGAGAAUCACACCAUAUACAACAGCAUGUAAUGUGAUAUGAUAAAUGCCACAAUAUUUUCCUUAUUAGUGGUAGUACUGACUAAGGUAAGCAUCACUGUAACUAUUUCUAAUACUUAGUGUUGAACAAAUCCGAGUCAUCUAAUGAACCAAAGCACAAUUAAGACUUGAUAAUGAUCUUGUUUGACUUGGGCCGGCAAGCAACCAUCCAGAAAUCCCUAGCAACCACGGCAUCAUGCUAAAAAUACUCAAAACACCUUAUUAUCUGCUUAACAAUGUGCUGAAAUGCUCUAAACACUUUGGCAAUCACAAAACGAUGUGCUUGAAAACACUUAAUUAAAAAACCUAAAUAUGGUGUGAAUUUUUUGAAUUUUUUUUUUUAAUUGCCAGUGAUGAUUGUGUAAUCAUCACUCGCAAUUUCAAUUUUUUUUUUUUACAAAAUUCUACAAUACUGUAAAAAUUACAGUUAUUAUUUGUCUUUGGUGGUGCAAUACAAUGUGUAGAAUUAUAAAGACUGGAAAAUCUGUGGUGUGGAUGUGAAUUCUACCUCUCCUGAAACUUUUCUGUAUGGAGUAACUAUUGAAAAAAAGACAAAAGACAGAAAUAAAUAGGUUAAAUGGAAUUAAGCACACCAUGAUGCUUUUACAAACUUAAACGCCCUGAGAACUGUUUACAAUGCCAUCUAGAAAUCUUGUUGACUUUAGCACAGCUGACUGUCCUGCAAACACACUCAUCCAGGAGAACUUAAGGACGGAGGACGCACUUUUGCAGCUUACUUGUUGCUCGAGAACAGGGUCCAAUUGAAGAUGGAAGAAAAACUUUCAGAUGAAAAAUUAAAAUGUAUGCUCGCCCCUUGGAGGUUUUCCCUCAGGGCACCUGGAUUUGACAGGCUGGUGACGGCUCUACAACUGUUUGAGCGUUUCCCUUUAGACAUAGCUGUGACUGGAGGAACGCCAGAGGCUAAUGCUCAGCUGGCUUCUGCAAUCUGUGGGCCGGGUGAGGAAAUCGAAGAGGAGGAAUGGGAAACUGAUGAUGAAGGUGAUGAGGAGGAAGAAACAGACGAGGAAGAAGAAGCAGAAGACUGGGAGGAAGAUGAAAGUGCAGAUGAGGAACAUAGUAUAAAGUCUAAGUACUUAAACACUAAUCUCCAGAGCAGCAGCAGGAGGAAACGUGUACGGAUAGCAGAGCAUGCAGAAUAUAUAGGGAGUAGCAUUCCUGAUUUUGACUCUGUGAUUUUACACCAUCAAAUUCCAAAUGUCUGUGUGUGGACUGUGCAAGGCCAUCCAACCUCAAAUUCCAUUAUUAACCAGACCGACCAGCAGUAUGACUCCACAUGCUAUGAUGUUCUAGUGGUUCUCACUACAGAUCAGCACAAGGAGGACCACAUGUGGCUCAAAAUGGAAUUGCAUGGCAGAGAUCAGCCUUUUUUUCUGGUUCAAGCUGAGCGGGACUGGGACCUGGUCGAGGAGAAGCCUACAGGGCCAUGCAUGACCUGCUCCUGGGAAUGAAUGAGAGCUAGCAAACUGGAGUUGCAAAAGAAAAGUAAAGAAGUAUGUGGAGAGACAGCCGAUUCAGAAGCAGACAGCAAGAAUACUUCAAACGCUCCCCAAGAUCCAGAGUUUGCGAAGAUGAAGGAUAUCGUGAAGGUGCUUGCUGAAGCCCUGCCUGAGCUUCGGAAAAAGGCUUUUAGUCAGUUUCUGGUGGUGAUUACAAAGGUACUUCGGAUUCCUAAAUUACUGUCAGAUGACACACAGUAAGCCAGCUUCUUUGUGUUAUGAAAUGUUGUCCAUUUGAACCUCACUGAGAUAACAGGCAUUGCUCGUUACACAUGUCCUGAGUUCUGGGGUCAACAUGUUCAUUGGUCCUGGAACAGCAAUCAUGUCAAAAAAAAAAGUUCUAACCCAAAUCCCUACCCCUAAUGCAAACCCAACCUUAAAAUGACCUAACCCUUAGAGGCAAAAGUUGGGCUGAUAAUAAUGGUGUCCUAAAUUCCUAAAUUCCAGUCCUAAAUUCGAAUCCAAUCCCUACCAUAAAUCCAAACCUAUCCAUAACCUAACCCGGCGGUGUCCAGUCCUGCUUCUGGCCAAUGUCCUGUAGAGAUUAGUUCCAUCCUGCUCCAAUACAUCUGCCUGAAAGUUUCUAGUAGAGGUCUUGAAGACCUUGAUUAGCUGGUUUAAUUGUGUUUAGUUAGGGUGGAGACCAAAUUCUGCGGGAUAGUGGCAGGAUUUGACCUAACCCUUAUACUAGGGGGGAAAGAUACUGUAGGUUCAUUAGAAAUCCUCUAACCCUAAUGUUAGCCCUAACCGUAAAAUCUGAUUGGUUGUUAAUAAUGUUGUUCUAGGACCAAAAAGGAUGUUGACCCAGAAGCAUGCUUAACUCUUCAAAAUCAGGGUUCAGUUGCUGGACACUUUUUUGUGUUUUGGACAUUGGUCUCCAAUUUGGGAUGCCGGUGUGCUUGUGUCCAUACUAGGCUGAUUAACUUGUUUAACUAGCUAGUUUGUUUGCUCAUAAGGAAGUCUAUGUUGGCCCACUAGCUUAGUUUUGUUGUUAACAAGCACUAACUGGCAUAAAAACAGUAUGAACUAGCAUGAAAAUCCAUUGUUCAUGAAGCUUUAAGGCGUUGAAUCUGGGUCAGGGCAGACUAUAUUUUACAUUUAUCUAACAAGUUGGCUACAUUUACUUUCUUAGGUUUG